AUGCGCAACCCAGUAAGCGGCUACCCGAGGAUUGAUCUGAAUAAGGAUCGGGCAUCAUCACCUGUAACGCUUAUUGAGCUCAAGAUCAGAAUACCGAGCAGUCAGAAGGGCAAACAUGCUCCCCACAAAAAGACACCAACGUUAUGGUUCCUCAGACGAUCGGGUGAAAAGCGGCGCAGACCUAAAAGGAUGUGCCACAACCCUGGAAGUGAUGUUUUUUUUAUAAGAUAUGGGUUGUAUUGUGGAGCGCAAGACAUUCGAAGUCUUAAAUGUCGUUUCAGGGGAAUAAAACACGACUAUCUGGUAAGACCCGGAUUAAGAUGCGUCUGUCAAACCAGCGCGCUGAGAUCAAGCCCUUUGAUGAAGAAUAUUUCAAACACAGUAUUUGGCAAAUAA